AUUCAUUUUCGCCAGGAUGCUCGCGGCCGUCGCUGCGCUGUUGUCCUUCACCGCCCCGCUCGCGAGCCGGCCGGUCGCGCAGCGCGGCGCGGCAGUCAGCAUGGGCGAGAAGGUGCUCUCACUCGACAACAUGGGCCUCUACAGUGGCAAGGCGGCGCAGAAGGCACCCGUGCGCGUGCUCACCCGCAUCGAGGACCUGCGCGUGCUCACCAGCCUUGCCGAGGCGGGCGUUCUCUCGGCCGCGGAGGAGGCGGGCGUCUUCUCCAAGCUGGAGAGCGCGGGCGCAAUCAGCCAGGCCGAGAAGCUGCUGCCGCUCGCCGACAAGCUGCAGGUCCUUGCGCUCGCCGAGACCCUCAUCAAUGUGCCGGCCGGCCUGCUCACCGCCGCUGCCGUCGCGCUGCUCGCUGGCGAGGUCGGGCUGAUUGCUGCGGUGCCAGACGACAGCGCGCCGCUGGUCGCCCUACAGCUGGUGUCGGGCGGCGUGGCCGGCUUGGGCGCUGUGGUGCUGCUGGCGUCGGGCGCCCUCUUCUCGGCGCUCCAGAGCACGGACUAGGUUUGCACUCAGGCGGGCACGCAGCUGGCACGCAGGUUGGAAAGCUCCGAGGGCUUCAUCUCUCCCGCUCGGGCUCGGAGGCGGUCGUCGGACGGGUGUUGUGGGGGGUGCGCGUUCUCUGUGAUGGGCAGCGCGAAACGCAUGGCGGCGUGGGUGGUGCAAGGGAAUGUGCGCAAGCGAGCGGACGAGCCGACGAGCGCGCGGACGGCGCGUGCCUUUUCUCGCGGCGUCCGGGGCGUGACGCGUGUGCGGCUAUAGCCCUAUAGAGUUGGUGAGAAACACGUGUCCCGUCGCGUUACGGCUUACGCGUGCCCGAACUAUGACUUUAGCAUCGGCUACUCUCGCCUCGUCUCGGUCCGAGAGCGCCGCAUAUUCGACUAUCACUACGCCAAGCCUGUUCAUGAUUACAAGAGUAUUCAAGUAU